ACGUCGCGACACCUUCAGGAAAAAGAAACAGAGGAGUCCGUGAACACUUCGGGCUGAUGAAUGUCUGUAGAUUUACAUGGCGAAGCCGAGCAGUGAAGACUCCCGUUGAACUUUAAUCGGAGUGCGUGUGCUUUCGGUGACCUGUGGGUACAUACACGAUGUCUUCCUCCGCUAUAUUUGUGCUGGACCUGAAGGGGAAGGUGUUGAUUUGUCGCAACUACAAAGGUGACGUGGACAUGGCGGAGAUCGACCACUUCUUUCCUUUACUCAUGCAGCACGAAGAGGAUGGGCUCCUCUGCCCUGUUCUGUCACGCGGCAACGUCCACUUCAUGUGGAUCAAACACAGCAACCUGUACCUGGUGUCUACGACAAACAAGAACUCCAACGCCUCACUUGUGUACUCGUUUCUAUACAAGCUGGUCGAGGUGUUCACAGAGUACUUCAAAGAGCUGGAGGAGGAGAGCAUUCAGGAUAAUUUCGUGGUCGUCUACGAGCUGCUGGAUGAGCUGAUGGACUUUGGAUUCCCUCAGACUACCGACAGCAAGAUCCUCCAGGAAUACAUCACUCAGGAAGGCGCCAAGCUCGAGGUGGGCAAAUCCAAGGUGCCGACCACCGUCACCAACGCCGUCUCCUGGAGGUCAGAGGGCAUCAAAUACAAGAAGAACGAGGUCUUUAUCGAUGUCAUCGAGUCCAUCAACGUACUGGUGAAUGCCAACGGCAGUGUGAUGAGCAGCGACAUCGUGGGCAGCAUCAAGCUGAAAACCAUGCUCUCUGGGAUGCCCGAGCUGCGGCUGGGCCUCAACGACCGGGUGCUCUUCGCUCUCACCGGACGUGACAAGGGAAAGACGGUGGUGAUGGAGGACGUGAAGUUCCACCAGUGUGUCCGUCUCUCGCGCUUCGAUAUUGAUCGAACCAUCUCCUUCAUUCCUCCGGAUGGGGAGUCUGAACUCAUGUCGUACCGCAUCAACACCCACGUGAAGCCUCUAAUAUGGAUCGAAUCGGUCAUCGAGAAAUUCUCUCACAGUCGAGUGGAGAUCAUGGUUAAGGCAAAGGGGCAAUUUAAAAAGCAGUCUGUGGCAAACAAUGUGGAGGUGAGGGUCCCGGUCCCCAGUGAUGCCGACUCACCCAAGUUCAAAACCAGCACCGGCAAUGCCAAAUAUGUGCCCGAGAAGAACAUGGUGGUGUGGACCAUCAAGUCUUUCCCUGGAGGUAAAGAGUUUCUAAUGAGAGCUCAUUUUGGUCUGCCGAGUGUGGAGAACAAUGAGCUUGAGGGCAAACCUCCCAUUACCGUCAAAUUUGAGAUCCCAUACUUCACAGUCUCAGGAAUACAGGUACGAUAUAUGAAGAUCAUUGAGAAAAGUGGUUACCAGGCUUUGCCGUGGGUCCGGUACAUUACACAGAGUGGAGACUACCAGCUGAGGUCCAAUGUGUAACGCCUGAGGGAUUACUGUAACUUGCUUCAACCGGGACCUCCAAAGGAACAUCUAUACUGACCACUUUUAACCUGACUGAAAGAAUGCCUUUAAAUUGUACCUGCUCUAUUUAAUGCCAGCAAUCUUGUGUUAUGAAUUAUGUGUGCAACUUGAUUUUAAUGUUUCUAUUCUAAGAUCACUGCAGA